GUGCUUCUUAGUCAAAGGUGGAAAUAUCUAACAGAAUUGAUACAUCUAUGACUUUGCAAAGUUCGGGAAAAUGAAUAACAAAUUUGAUGUAUUAAAGCCAGAUGACAGUGGUGAAGAAGACAACAGUGAUAUGGCCCCGAGACCAGCACCAAAACCUGGUGUUGGAGAACACCCACUCAACUUCAAUUACGCAUAUUGGUUUUCUCGCCGCACACCUGGGAAACAGAUGACCAGCUACGAUCAGAAUCUCAAGUUCAUAGGAUCUUUUGCUUCAGUGGAGCAGUUCUGGCAGUAUUACAGUCACUUGGUGCGGCCGGGGAACCUGUCUGGUCACACAGACUACCACUUGUUCAAAGAAGGAAUCAGACCCAUGUGGGAGGACUCCGCCAACAAGUCUGGUGGUAAGUGGAUAAUCCGGCUGAAGAAAGGUCUGUCGUCGCGCUGCUGGGAAAACCUCAUCCUGGCCAUGCUGGGGGAACAGUUCAUGGUGGGUGAGGAGAUCUGUGGAGCGGUCGUGUCCAUACGCUAUCAGGAAGACAUCAUAUCUCUGUGGAACCACACAGCCAGUGACCAGGUGACGACGUCUCGGAUUCGCGACACUCUCAAACGCGUCCUCAACCUGCCUCCCAACACCAUCAUGGAGUACAAAGCACACACCGACAGUCUCAAAGAUAACUCCAGUUUCCGCAAUACUGAUGUCUUCAUGAGAUAACGGCAACAACACUUGACAGACUUGCAACAUUGACUACCUGCGUCACUCUAAGCAAAAACACUUUACAUCUGAAAACAACAAAAUAAAUCCACCAUGUUUAAAACCAAAGGAAUCUGAUACGUUAAGCAAAGCUAGUUCAACAGCAGUCAUCAGACUAGGCCCUGUGUUUAUUAAACUCCAACACAGGUAGUCUCAUAUCCUGAUAUUUCACUACAAUGUGACCAUUCGAAUUUUUGUAUGGCUUGAAGUUAACCUUUAACAAAGUCUAAAGAUUUUAGUGUUGCACCUUUAUUUUUGUUGGUGAUAUCUUAGCACAGCCAAUAAACUGAGAAUUGUUUUGCAACAGUAAAUUCACCAAUCUAUGUCAGCACUUCGGAAAACACGGAAUUUUUUUUUUUUUCCUAUCCUAAUUCAAUUGUUUUUUUAAUAGCAAAUUGUUCCAUUUUUAAAGUAAUAAUUACAAACAUCACCAGCCAAUGAUGUCUUUAAGUGAUUAAAUAACAGGAGUUUGGUGACCGAACCGUUAGUGGUUCCAACAGAUAUUUAACAGCUCUCACUUAUGGAUAAAACCAAAUGUUCAUUUCUGAUUUCUACAGUUAAUGAAUUCCUUGCAUAAUAUGUAUGUAUGCUAGAGAAACUGUUUAAUUUUAUCAUUCCAAAAAGCCUCUGUUUGUGGCUUAAGUUAUGAUGUACAUGCACUUUGACUUCAAAAUCUGAGGUUUUUCGAUCUCAAAUCUUAGUAUAGAUCCAAAAUCAGAUCAAAUGUGUUGAAUUAUAAUAAAUAUUUGAAAGUAGAUUUUAUAAGAAAACAAUAUACACACCCAAAAACAAAUGGUAAAAUUAGGUGGAACUUGCCUUAAUGUGGAACAAGCGGAUCCAUGUUAACUUUAUUUACAUUGUGUGUAGUCAAAAACCACAGAGGAUAGAAUUUCUGAUAGAAGUGAAACUAUCUGCCAUUUUUAAUAAAUUAAAAAUUUUAUUUGCAGAGUUUUGUGAUAAUGUGCAAUAUUGUUCUGCAAUGUGGUUUCUCAUAUUCAGUUGUACAUAUUUAAAGUUCGACCUUUACUGUAUAAGAUAACUGAACGAGAAUCUUGUAGAAUAAAUAAAAGUAUAAUUUGUACAUUAA